ACGGUGACACAUUAAAGAGAGCUAUGGCACAGCACUUCUUUGGAAAUUCAGGCUCUAUGGCCUUGCAGUCAACUCCCAAAGCUGGUCAUCACCACUCAUCAGCAAAGGUGCCAGAAGAUGGUUUUAACUCAACAGGUGAAACUCUGUCGUUUGUUAGUCUGGAUGACAGCAAUGAGCAACAAAGUGAGGACUCGGGUAUCGGAGUUUCAAAAACCUCGACUAGAAGUUCGCCGGGCAACGGUACUAUGGAAGAAGCUGCCGUGUUGACUCCCACAAGUUCACGAAUAGAUGAGAUUGGAAAGAAAGCACAGGAUCUUAUUGAGAGAAUAAAUGAGAGGCGAGCCAUGGACCAACAUGUGAUGAACAGCUUUGAGGAUAAGCUCAUUAAAAAGGUGAGUAAGAUGUGUCAGCAGGUGAAGGAGCAGAUGUUUGAGUAUUAUGAGCAGCACAGUCAGGGCAUGGAGGCCAGCAUCACUGAGCUGUCGGAGGUGCUGGAGGGAAGCAGUCAGCUGAGUAUGGAGCUACAGGGAGCCAGUCAAACCCUAGCCACCAUCAAUAAAGGCUUGCAGCACAGCACAGAGCAGUAGAUACACAACCAAACCAAUCAAACAUUAACUUAAUAUGAGACGGGGUACACUUAUAUGAUUUUUGUUACUCAUGGUAUAUACGUGCAUGAUAAAAGAGACUUGUUUAAUUUAACUUAAAAAGGAACUGUUUAAAAAUUUCAAAAUGUAAACAUGUUAUUUUUACAAUAGUAUGUUAAAGAAAUGCACGUUA